AUGCUGGCCCUGCUGCUGCUGCCCCUGCUGUGGGCGGGGUCCCCGCAGGACACAGGGCUCGAGCUGCAAGUGGAGAAGUCGGUGACGGUACAAGAGGGCCUGUGCGUCCUCGUGCCCUGCUCCUUCUCCUACCCGCCGCCCUGGUAUUCCUCUGACCCAGUCUACCGCUCCUGGUUCCGGGACGGGGACAACAUAUACUAUGGCAAUGCUGUGGCCACAGACAACCCAAACAGAGCCGUGAAGCCACACACCAAGGGCCGAUUCCUCCUCCUUGGGGACGCCACGACCAGAAACUGCUCCCUGAGCAUCAGAGACGCCAAGACAAAGGACACAGGGACCUACUUGUUCCGAGUGGAGAGCGUCUAUUCUGUAAAACAUAGUUACGAAGACAAUAAGCUGAAUCUGCGGGUGACAGCCCUGACACAGAAACCCGACAUCCACUCUCCGGAGCGUCUGGAGUCCGGCCGCCCCACAGACCUGAGCUGCAGCCUGCCAGGGUCCUGCGAAGGGGGACGACCUCUCGCGUUCUCCUGGACGGGGGCUGCCCUCGACUCCCUGGCCCCCGACACCCUUGUCUCCUCGGCAAUCACCCUCACCCCGAGGCCCCAGGACCACGGCACCAACCUCACCUGUCAGGUGAAACUCCAAGGAACUCGUGUGACCACAGAGAGAACCGUCCAGCUCAAUGUCUCCUAUGCUCCACGGAACGUCACCAUCAGCGUCUUCAGAAACGGCACAGUCCUGGAGAACAUGCAAAACACCUCGUCCCUCCCCGUCCUGGAGGGCCAGGCUCUGCGGCUGCGCUGUGCUGCUGACGUCAACCCCCCUGCACACCUGAGCUGGUUCCAGGGGACCCCAGCCCUGAACGCCACCCCCAUCUCCAGCACCGAGAUCCUGGAGCUGCUUCGGGUCCAAAUGGAGCACGAAGGGGAAUUCACCUGCCGCGCCCAGCACCCCCUGGGCUCCCUGCACGUCUCUCUGAGCCUCUCUGUGCACUACCCCCCGCAGCUGCUGGGCCCCUCCUGCUCCUGGGAGGCCGAGGGGCUGCGCUGCAGCUGCUGCUCCCGAGCCCAGCCGGCCGCCUCCCUGCGCUGGCGGCUCGGGGAGGGGCUGUGGGAGGGGAACAGCAGCCACGGCCCCUUCACGGCCACCCCCAGCUCAGCCGGGCCCUGGGCCAACAGCUCCCUGAACCUCCGAGGGGAGCUCAGCUCCGGCCUCAGGCUCAGCUGCGAGGCCCGGAAUGUCCACGGGACCCGGAGCGGCACCGUCCUGCUGCUGCCAGGAAAGUCAGUCUUGGGGGCCGGAGUGGUUCCUGCGGCCCUGGCAGGUGCUGGUGCCAUGGCCUUGUUCUCCGUCUGUGUGUGCCUCACCUUCUUCUGCGGUUCUAGGCAAAAGCCCUGGCCAGACAGCCCUCCGGACCAAGAGUCCCCCGCAGGGGACGCCCACCCCCCGGGAGAGCAGGAGCUGUACUACGCCUCCAUCAGCUUUCAGGAGACGGACGGGAGGGAGCCGCAGGACCAGAAGGCCAGAGGCACCACAGAGUACUCAGAGAUCAAGACAAGCAAGUGAGGACUCGCCCAGAACUCAGCCCUGGCGGGAGGAAUCGCAGCCCGUCUGGGGGAAAGGACCAGUUAGGGUCCUUUGUUGAAGCACAAAGAGCCCUUGUGACAAUACUAACAUUAACUACGGUAGGAGUGUUCCCAGGUAGAGCAGAACAAAGACGGUUGACGGAACUAGAGAGAUGGGCUCAAACUGAGGCUCCAGCACUUUCUAAGGCCUUGUUAUCAAGCAAUUCACUUCCUCUCUCUGGGCCUCAAUUCCCUGUCCUGUAAAUCAGAGAUCAUGUGUCUUACCUGAAAGGUUGU